AUGCAAGAUGAACUGAAUGAGUUCGAAAGGCACAAGGUUUGGACUCUUGUUUCCAGACCAUCAGGAAAGACCAUCACCGGAACACGAUGGGUCUAUCGCAACAAGGUUGAUAAAGAUGGUAUUAUUACUCGCAACAAAGCAAGACUUGUUGCUCAGGGAUUUACUCAAAUUGAAUCUAUUGACUACGGGGAGACUUUUGCUCCAGUUGCCCGUAUUGAAGCAAUCAGACUUGACUGCAAACCAGCCUCCACUCCGGUGUCCAAGACUAAUAAGGUGCACGCUGAUCCAACUGGCACUGAUGUCAAUCACUCUCUUUAUCGAGGAAUGAUUGGAUCUCUUCUGUAUCUCACUGUAAGUCGUCCUGAUAUCAUGUUUGGAACCAUUCUUUGUGCUCGAUUCCAAACUAAUCCCAAGGAGUCUCAUCUUAUGGCUGUCAAACGUAUUUUUCGAUACUUGAAGGGGACUCAGAACUUAGCACUGUGGUAUCCUCGUGACUCAGCAUUUGAACUUUUUGGAUACACUGAUUCAGACUAUGCAGGAUGCAACUUAGACAAGAAGAGUACGCCAGGUGGAUGUCAUUUCCUUGGAAAUCGUCUUAUCAGCUGGUCUAGCAAAAAGCAAACAUCAGUAGCUAUCUCGACUGCAGAAGUUGAGUAUGUUGCAGCUGGAAGAUGUUGUGCUCAGCUCUUAUGGAUUCAGAAUCAGCUUCUAGAUUAUGGGCUCAAAUUCACAAAGACUCCCAUAUUCUCUGAUGUACAUUUUGCUGAUGAUGACAUGCUGAUGAUAUUUUGUACUGAUUACUUGGUUUGA